AUGGAUGACCCCAAAAGAGGAGGAGGAGGACUGCUGCGGGAAGAGGAGGGUGGGCGAAGAGCCACUGCUUUUGCUUUCAUUGCACAUGGCGGAGGUGGCCAUGGGGAGGAGGCAGGCCAUUAUUCUCUUGGAGAUGUGGCUAAAAGAGGUUCUGGACAACCUUUGACUUGGGCUUUGAUGGUAAAGGAUGAGGGUAAUGGUCUUCUGAAACAUCCUCACGGUUUCAGGUGUAUCAAAGAAAGUCUGCUAGUACAAGGAAAAACUGAACUUAUUUCAAGUUUGACUGAUGAGCUUGAAGCACGGGGAAUUGAAGCUGAUCGUGCUGUAACUCCAGAUGGCUUAUCUGCAGGGACUUUUGUAGUUGUGACCAAUCACCAUAAACACACAGAAAGUGUCUAUGUCCUCAAAGAAUACAGAGUUAUGUUAAAACAACAUGCAUCUCUUCAGCCAAACAGAUCUGAGGAUGGGUCUCCUUGCAAGAUUGUAUGUUACGUCACAAACUGGGCUCAGUACCGGCCCAAACCUGCAAAGUUUUACCCAGAGGAUAUAAACCCAGAUUUGUGCACUCACAUCUCAUUUGCCUUUGCGAGUAUAAGGAACAACCACCUCUCCUGUAACGAAUGGAAUGAUGAGAUGGCCCUCCUCCCUCAGAUCCAAGCACUAAAGAAGAGAAAUCCAGCCUUGUUGACUCUCUUAGCUGUUGGUGGAAGGAGAUUUGGCACUGCUUUCAGCCCCAUGCUUUCCACAGCAGCCACCCGCAAGAGCUUCAUUGAUUCAGCUAUACCUAUGUUGCGAAGCUAUAACUUUGAUGGAAUUGAUCUGCACUUUGAACAUCCUGGGUGCAGAGGAAGUCCCCCGAAGGACAAACAUCGUUUCACUUUGCUAAUAGAGGAAAUGACAAAAGCUUUUGAAAAAGAGGCCAGAGAGACUGGAAAUAAGAAGUUGUUGCUUACUGUGGCAGUAGCUGCUCAGAAAGAAACAAUUGAUGCUGCGUAUGAAGUUGAUAAACUAUCAAAACAUCUUGAUUACAUUAGUGUGAUGGCAUACAAUUUCCAAGAUGGUCUUUCUGACAGAGUGACAAGCCAUCACAGCCCCUUGUAUGCUGGUAAUGACUCUGAAGAAAGCCUCAACUGUAAGUUCGCCAUGCUGUACUGGAUCCAAAAAGGAGCUCCUGCUUACAAACUUCUUAUGGGGUUUGCUAACUAUGGACAUACCUUCAAGCUUAGCACCAAGGACACAUCAGUGGGUGCCCCUGCUUCUGGACCUGCCCAUCCAGGACAUUAUACUCAUGAGGCUGGACUCUUGUCAUACUAUGAGAUCUGCAACUUCGUAAAGGAUGGUGCUACUAUUAAGUGGCUUGAAGAACAGAAGGUCCCAUAUGCCUACAAAGGUUUUACCUGGGUUGGAUAUGACAACAGAAAGAGCUUUCAUUAUAAAGCCCAGUUUGUGAAGAAGCAUAAACUUGGUGGAGGUUCGAUAUGGGCCCUUGACCUGGAUGACUUCAGAGGGACCUUCUGCAAUGAAGGACCUUACCCUCUGACAAGGGAGCUGAAAAGACUGCUUGCGGGCAAUGUGUGUAGUGAUGCUGGACAUAUCACAGUACAGACGGAAACUAUUCAACCAUCUGCUGCCCUUAUCACCCUCCAACCAUCCACCAUCCUUCAAACUUCUACCACCCUUCAACCGUCCACUGCCCUUCAGACUUUUCUCACCGUUCAACCAGCCACACUCUUUCAACCUUCUACCACCCUUCGACCAUCCACCACCCUUCAACCAUCCACUGCCCUUCAAACUUUUCUCACCCUUCAGCCAGCCACAAUAUUUCAACCUUCUACCAGUCUUCGACCAUCCACCACCCAUCAACCUUCUAGCACGCUGCGAUCAUCCACAGUCUUUCACAUUUCUACCACUCUUCGACCAUCCACUUCUGUUCAACCAUCAACCACCCUUCCACCAUCAGCAGUCCCUCAAGCUUCUACCACCCUUCAACCAUCCACCGGCCCUCAGACUUUUCUCACCCUUCAACCAGCCACAGUGAUUCAUCGUUCUACCACCCAUCGACCAUCCACAGUCCCUCAAGCUUCUACCACCUUUAAACCAACCACUGCCCAUCAAACUCCUACCACCUUUCGAAUGUCCACCACGCUUCAAGCUUCUACCACCUUUCGACCAUCUACUGUCCUUCAAAAUUCUACCACCAUGAAACCUUCAACAACUUUUGGCAGAGGAUUUUGUGCAAACAAACCUGAUGGCAAUUGCUCUUACCCAUCUGACCCACGUAAAUAUUUUCUUUGUGUAGACAAAAUAACAUUAAUUAGGCAUUGUCCUCAGAACAUGGUCUACAAUGUAAACAAAAAGGAAUGUGUAGGGUCAGCUUUGCCACCUGGUAAUUUUUGUGCACACAAACCUGAUGGCAACCACCCUUACCCAGGGGAUCGACAGAAAUAUUUUGUAUGUGCUGGAGAGCAGACUUGGAUUUUGUAUUGUUCAGAAGGUGAAUUGUUUAGUGAAAUCACUAGAUACUGCACGGUGCCAACAAACAUUCUUACUGGGGAUGUACUGUGGACCAGAAAGGAUGAUAGAACUUAUCCAGGAGAUCCAACUAAUUAUUAA